AUGUUCAAAAUAACUGGAAUUGGCAAAACGGACGAGGCGUUUAUUGAAAGGAUCCUGAGGAUGUCUGAAGGAGAUGCAAUUGAGAGCGUAGUUGGCAGGCUUAGAAGAUUGAAGAUAUUUUCAACAGUGGCUUAUGCAAACGAUGGACUUGUGGUAUCUGAAGAAAAGCGAAGCAUUGGCUUCAGCGGAGAUACAACUGGGUGCGUUCCGAAGGGAUACUUCAAGAUGAAGCUACCGAAUUUGCUUGGGCAUGCUGAGAAUCUUGAUGUUUCGGUAUCCACUGCUCGAGACAUGAACAUCAAGUUCUCGAAGCCUUUUAUCUCUGGCACAUUAGGGUUUCUGAAUGUUUUUGGGAUUGCAAGUACAAUGGCGUCGCCACACGAGGACUAUCCACACGUCAGAGCGAGUGUGGAGCUUGAGGGAGAGAAGCAGAGUGUGUCUGUAGGAAGAGAAAGAAUAGGGUAUUUGGACCAAACGUUUCUAGAGAUCCGGAAAAGGAUAUCUAUGCUUGACAUUAAAGCAAAAGCAGGAGUGUUUGAUUCAAGGCCUUGCAGGAUGUUUGUGAAGGGGCAGAUUGGCAUGUCUGUAAGCAAACAUCUGGCAAGGAAUGCAUUUAUGGACAUGAAUGCAUCGAUGGGGAUGAUUUUUGGAGAGCCUCAUAUUGCUGAAAGAUACUACCUUGGAGAGGGGGUUGGAGGAUACAAGGCAAUGAGUAUAUCGCCAAGCACAUCGGGGCUGAAAAUAGGAGGAGGCUCAUUUAUAGAGAUAGCACAGAGGGUUGGCUUAUGUGUUGGAGGAGCAAAGGCUUACAUGUUUGGGUCCCUCGGAUGUGUUUCUGAGGGGAAGGGAGUUGUCCGAGAUCUUUUGAUGAACAGGCAAGCGUGUUUGGCCAAGAACAAUGAAUGCCUUGGAGCAUCUGUUGGAGUGGGAAUAAGUGUUCCUGUGAUGAGGUCGAAGGAUGGGCCUGUUAUAAAGACAAGCUUUGCAAUUCCACUGACGGAUAACGAGCAAGUGCAAAGACUGCAGUUUGGAUUUGAUAUGGACUUCUAG